AUGGCGCCUCUUGUUCCCUCGCAGGAGGAGCUGCAGCGCCGCCGUAUUAUCGGCAUCAAUGCGGAGACCGUCACCAAUAUCCCCUCCACAGAUUUUCCUGGCCAUUGGCCCGGAGAGUCGCAUGGGUGGGCACUCGACGAAUUCAAGGAUAAUUUCCAGGUCGAAUUCCACCGCAAUGAGCGGUUCGAGGCUUCCUUCUCGCUGAUCGGUCUUGACGCCGCAGUCGCCAACGCUUUCCGUCGUAUCCUUAUGGCCGAGAUCCCCACAAUCGCCAUUGAAGACUGCUUCAUUCACAACAACACUUCCGUCAUUCAAGACGAAGUGCUCGCAUCACGACUGGGCCUGAUCCCCCUCAAGGGUUCUAUCGAGGGAAUCAACUGGAUGCACUGGUUCAAAAAGGCGUCCGAAGACGGAACUGAAGAGGAAGACGGCCCCUGCGACUUCAACACCAUUGUGCUUCACCUCGACGUGGAAUGCUACAAGAACGAGUACGCAGACAAGGACGAGCAGGACCCCCGCAAGCUGUACACCAAUGCCCAUGUUUACGCCAAGGACCUCAUGUACAUGCCCGUCGGUCGUCAGGAACAGUACUUCGUCGGUGACGGUGCUAUCGCGCCUGUCAACCCUGACAUUCUGAUCGCCAAGCUCCGUCCUGGCCAGAAGAUCGAGAUGGAACUCCACUGCCAGAAGGGUAUCGGUGCCGAUCACGCCAAGUUUUCACCAGUGGCUACCGCUUCAUACCGUCUCUUGCCUGAUAUUAAGAUCGAGCGUCCCAUCAUUGGCGACGAUGCGAAGAAGUUUGCCAAAUGCUUCCCUAAGGGUGUGAUUGGCCUUGAGCCCGUCACAUCUGAAGAGGCCGCGCAGCCUGGAAGUGGAUACGAGGGCCACGCCGGCGAGCAGAAGGCCGUCGUGAAGGAUGCGUUCAAUGAUACUGUCAGCAGAGAGUGUCUGCGUCACGAGGAGUUCCAGGGUAAGGUCAAGCUAGGACGAGUGCGGGACCACUUCAUCUUCAACGUGGAGAGCACCGGUCAAUUUGAGAGUGACAUGCUCUUCCUAGAGGCUGUCAAGGUCAUGAAGCUGAAGUGCAACCGGUGGAAGAGAGGUCUGACCGAUCUGAUGGGUUGA